AUGCACAAGACGCUGUCGGGCUGCAAGGAGUUCGCAGUCGACCUCGAGCACCACUCCCUGAGGUCGUUCCAGGGGUUCACCUGCCUGAUGCAGAUCUCGACCAGGGAGCAGGACUUCAUAGUGGACACUAUCGAGCUGAGAAGCUGUAUCCACCUUCUCCUGCCUGCCUUCACAGACCCCAAGAUCACCAAGGUGUUCCAUGGCGCGGACAGCGAUGUGCGCUGGCUGCAGCGAGACUUUGGUCUCUAUAUCGUCAACAUGUUCGACACAGGGCAGGCAAGCCGAGUCCUUGAGUUCCCUUCCUACGGCCUUGCUUACCUGCUGCACCGUUUCUGCGAGGAGGAGGCUGACAAGCAGUACCAGCUGGCUGACUGGAGGGUCCGGCCCCUGACACCUGAGAUGCUCAAGUAUGCCAGGAUGGAUACGCACUACCUGCUGUACAUCUACGACCAGCUGCGG